CAAAGUGCCACGACUUCACAGCAGACAGAGGAUUCUCCAGCGGAGUGAGGGGGAGAGCAGUGGGAAAAAAAAGGCAAGUUAGCCAGAUAGCUGGACAUAUAGGUAGCUUUGCUCAGAGGCCACUUCAUCUACAACUCGCCCUCAGUAAUUUCCUUUUGGAGCGAGCAGACGUAGCGUUAUCGUCGCCGGGGUUUACUAAAAUUAAACAAUGGAUAUCUAUGACCCCCAGACCCUUGGGAUUAUGGUAUUUGGUGGAUUCAUGGUGAUCUCUGCUGUUGGGAUUGCCCUUGUCUCCACCUUAUCCAUGAAGGAGACCUCUUAUGAGGAGGCCUUAGCUAAACAACGCAGAGAACUAGGUAAGGCCCAGUCUGUUCGCACUGAGAAAAAGAAAAAGGACAAAGUUUCUGAGAAGAAGAAAGGUGGAAAGAAGAGAGAAGAAAAGCCCAAUGGGAAGAUCCCAGAGCAGGAGAAAACUGAAGACGCUGCUGAAGCUGACACUGAAGCUGACAUAGUCAGUGAGGGUGUAAGUGCCCCGACUGUAGCUGCUGCCCCUGCUUCUGUUCCUGAGCCUGUCCCUGCUUUUGAAGUUGCAUUAAGUGCAGCCCCAGUGGCGGCAGAGAUGCAGCCCAAGUCUGAACCAAACCCAGUUGCUGAGCCCUCACCUGCACCCUCACCUAAAGAGAAGAAGAAGAAGAAAGUGGCAAAGGUUGAGCCAGCCUCCACCCAGCCAUCUGUACUUGUGUCUGAACCGAUAAAGUCCUCUGCGGCUUCUGCCAUAACCCAGGCUCCAGCCUCUGCCCUGACCAAGGCUGCCCCAGCAUCAGCUAAGUUGGGUUCAGCAUCAGCAAAGUCUGCUCCUCCACCUGCUUCAGCAAAGUCUGCUCCUCCACCUGCUUCAGCAAAGUCUGCUCCUCCACCUGCUUCAGCAAAGUCUGCUCCUCCACCUGCUUCAGCAAAGUCUACUCCUGCUCCACCUCCACCUGCUUCAGCAAAGUCUGCUCCUGCUCCACCUCCACCUGCUUCAGCAAAGUCUGCUCCUGCUCCACCUGCUUCAGCAAAGUCUGCUCCUGCUCCACCUGCUUCAGCAAAGUCUGCUCCUGCUCCACCUCCACCUGCUUCAGCAAAGUCUGCUCCUGCUCCUACAUCAGCUAAAUCCACUUCAACCAAAUCUGCCGCUUCUGCUGCUCCUGCUUCAGCAAAGUCUGCUCCUGCUCCACCUCCACCUGCUUCAGCAAAGUCUGCUCCUGCUCCACCUCCGCCUGCUACAGCAAAGUCUGCUCCUGCAUCAGCUAAGUCCACUUCAACCAAAUCUGCUGCUUCUGCUGCUCCUGCUUCAGCAAAAUCUCCCCCUGUCACAUCCAAAUCUGCCCCAGCACCAGCCAAGUCUGCUACAGCCCCAGCCAAGUCUGUAUCAGCUCCAUCUAAAACAGCUCCGGUGCUAGAGGCUGUCACGAAAGAUGUCCCAGUGAUGGCUGUGCCCCCAGUGGGUUCUCAGCAGGCUCCUGCUGUUGCAAAAGCACAAGAACCCAGGAAAAAAGCCUCCAAGAAAAAGGCUGAGCCUGUAGCACCAGUGGAUUCUGCUGAUGCUCCGCUGUACCUGCCCUAUAAGGCUCUGGUAUCCACCAUCAGCAGCAUGGUGUUCAGUGAGGGAGAGGCACACAGGCUCAUCGAGAUCCUUUCUGAGAAAGUUGGCAUCAUCCAGGACACUUGGCACAUGGCCACUCAGAAAGGAGACCCAGUGGCCAUGCUGAAGAAGCAGCUGGAGGAGAGAGAGAAGCAGCUGGCAACAGAGCAAGAGGAUGCUUCUGCAGUAAAGAAUCGUCUCAGAGAGCUCACCAAGGAGCUGUCAGCUGAGAAGGCCAAAGUGGCCAGCGUGGAGACGAGGCUGAGUUCUCAGCUGAGUAAGAGGGAGCAAGAAAUGGUUGCUCUGCAGGCUCGCAUGCAGGCCAGUUACCAGGACCAUGUAGCCCAGACACAGAGGCUCAAUGCAAAGAUUGUAAGCCUUCAAGACCAGCUGGAAAAAGGCCCCAAUGCUCAACUUGCUCGUCUACAGCAGGAGAACACCAUCCUGCGUGACGCACUCAACCAGGCUACUAGUCAAGCUGAGAGCAAACAAAAUGCAGAGCUGGCGAAGCUGCGACAGGAAUGCGCAAAGUUAACCAAGGAAGUUGGAGAGAAGACAGAGAGUCUGCUUGCUGAUGAGCACAUCAGGAAAGGGCUGGAGGCCAAGGUCUCUGCUGCUGAGAAGCAGCUCUCACAGCUACAGACCAGCCACACAGACAAAGAGCAGGCAUUACAGAGGAGAUUGGAGGAGGUGUGUGAGGAGCUCAGAACAACACAGAGUAGGAACAACAACCUGCAGGCGACUGUGGACAAGGCUCAGCAGGACAGUGGCACACUCUCAGAGUUUCAGGUACGUAUUGGGAAAUUGGAGGCUGAGCUCAAGGAGCGUUCUGCUCAGGCAGAUGUCGUCACUGUCCAGUUGGAGGAGACAAAAGCAGAGAAAAGCCAGCUUGAACAGCAGGUGGCGUCAAUCAACUCACUGUUGGAGGCCUGUCAGAAUAAAAAGGAGGAGGACAGCAAGCAGGUGAAUUCUGAAGAGCUGGAACAGUUGAAGCUCAGCUUGCAGGAGAGAGACAGUCAGUUAAACGUGCUUCACGAUGAACUGAAGCAACUGCAGAUAAAGAAGGAAGCUGCCGAGAACACUAUUGCUGAGCUUGAGCAAAGAAAUAAGAGUGAAGAGGCCAGCCAUGUCACGUCACUUCAGGAUGAACUUAAAAACCUCAAGGAAGAAAUGGUGAAAGUGAAGAACACACAACAGUCAGAUGGCUCUGCAGAGCUCACUCUACUACAGAACAGUUUGACCGAAAAGGAUGGUCUUGUCACAUUGUUACAAGAGGAGCUGAAGGAAGCAAAAGAGAAGAUUGCCACUCACGUGAAUACUGGCACAGAACUGUCAGCUUUUCAAGAUGAAACCAAAGAAGCUCUCCAGAUGCUUUUCCCACAGAUACCUGUAGAGAGAGAGCAGUUAAACUGGUUACAAGUGUUUACACAGAAAGCUCAGGAGGCUCUCAGCCAGCAGAGCCAGGAGUCUCAGUCAAGCAGAGUGCAUUCAGAGUUGCUUGAGAAACUGAAGGAGGCAGAGGAAAGCCAUGGUUCCCUGCAGGCUGAAUGUGAACAGUACAGGACAGUCCUGGCCGAAACGGAAGGAAUGCUGAAACAUCUUCAGAAGAGUGUGGAGGAGGAAGAGCUGGUAUGGAAAUCCAAGAUGGCUAAGUCAGAGGAACAGCUGCAAGAGGCUGUGCAGAAAGUCAGCAAGCUGGAAGCAGAAAACCAAAGUAUAAAACAGUUGAAGGAGCAGAUGAUGCUUCUGGAAGCACAGCUGGAAAAGCAGACAGACAGUUAUGUAACUGCAGAAGAGAUGGAGCAGCUGAAGUUGCAGCUGUCGGAACGUCAGAGCCAGCUGGAUUUGGCCCGGAAGGAGGCCGAGGCACACAAGGAGGAGCUUGCACAGGUCAGAGAGCAGCUGGGCGAGAUCACGAUGCGGGCCCAGCAAGAACAGAAUGGCCCGGCUGAGGCUCAACCCAAUCAGGUCCAGAACGUGCUGAGUCAGACAACAGAGAAGCUGCACGGGGAGGCGGCCCAGAGGCAGCAGCUCUCAGAAGCGUUUGAGCAGGCCCAGAAAACUGUAGCAGAACUUCAGGCUCAACUGGAUCUUUUAAAGGUUUCCUCAGAGUCGCCACAAUCUGACACUGAAGAUGUAGCUCAGCUGAAGGAGCGCCUGGAGAAGGAGAAGAAGCUGUCCAAAGACCUGGGCCAAGCAGCCACUAAGCUCCAGCAGCUUCUUAAAGCUACUCAGGAGCAGCUGACCAAAGAGCGGGAGACUGUGAGAACACUACAGGAGCACCUGGAGAACAAGGGAGGAUAUGUGGAACUGAAGGAAGGAACGUCCGUCUGAGAGGAAGCUCACUGCGGACACUACAAAACUGCCAAAUAUGCCUUAUAAUUACCAUAGUUAUGCAUUCCAAAAACUUUUUUUUCUUUGUACUGUAGUUGAUUGCAUUUAUUGCAACUGUAGGAAUCAAGUAUUUGAUCUUUUAAGAACAUUUCAAACUAAGAUUAGAGGAGAUAAUCCUGCUGCAGUCUUUAUUGAAACCCACAUUCCCUCAAAAAUUCUGGCUGUGUCAGAAGUUAUUUAUCCCCCUGCCUUAUAUUCCUGACAUUCCCCCAUAGUUCAGUGUUAAAAGGGAAACCGAAUGUACGUCAAAUGUACAUCAACCUGUGCAAUUACUUUGUAUGUCUUUUCUAUGUGGUUGAAUGAUGGGAACAUAUGGUUCAUCACUGCAGGGCAUGCUUUCCUCUGUAGCUGGUUGCCAUUAACACACAUUGAAUCUGAAUUUGUAUGAAUGAAUAAACUACAGUGUUGGCAUUCUGUAA